CCCCAUGAACGGUGUCGGUCCGCACGUCACUGGCUCGCGCUGCCCGCAGUCCGCACAGUGUUCCGCGCGCAGCGCCCUAUGUGUAUCUUCUGGAUCAAGAUUCAAGAUCAUCUGAAGCUGAUAAUGAGCAGGCUGGACAUCAGGGAUAUGUUUCGCGCCAGGCGAGUCUGCCGUCGGUGGCGGUCCGCCGUCGACGAUAUCGUCAGCGACUGUCGGCGGGAGCUAACCGAUCAGAAAACCCGUGGUGGAGAGGUCCCGGCACCGGCCACGAGCCUAGAGCUCGUAUUGAAGGUGCAGAACCAGCCGAAGAUGACCGAACUGCAGGCGCCGACCGCUGAGACGGACACCGACCUCCGACUGGUCGCGGCCACCUGCCACGCCCUGGAAAAGGCUAACCUCCGCGGCUUCAAGCUGAAAGCCUCUGCCCUGCGCCGGCUGGCGCGUGCCAACGCCUCCAGUCUUCGUGAGCUGACGCUGCCGGCCGGUAUCAACGACUGGCAGCUGGAGGCGCUGCUGGAGCCGCUGAAGGCCCUGGAGCGUCUCGAUGUGAGCCCGCCCGUGGACAGCUCCGGCAAGUGGCUGCGACUGCUGCCCAAGUCGAUGAGGAGGCUGGACAUCACUGAUCCACCAGUGUCUGAAUUACUGCCGCUCAUGCGGGCUGCAUCAACGUCACCAGAAGGACCAAAGUGGUCUCGGAAGGGCUCUCCUGACAGCGACGAGGAAUGGGGUCCUUCACAGAGUCUGAGGCACUCCCAGAGGGAAAGUGAUUCCACUCCCAUAGACAGUGGCUCUGAGAGCGACUUUCGGCCAGUUGUGAAGGAGGAGAUAAAGAUUGAAGUCACUUCACCAAGGGUUGAGCGGCCGUCGUCUCCCUCGGUGUCGGACGACGAUCCUUUGUCGGACAAAGCUCUGCAGUCUCUGGUGAAGGAGGAAAAGUUCCGACCUAGAUCGCCGUCACCGUCUGAGGACUUCUUGGGGUUCACUGAGGUGGAUCGAGACAGUGCUUGUUUCAUGUCCAAUGUAAAAAGGGAUAUGCUACUGGGAUGCCCGUCGGACAGUGAAGACUCGGCAGAAGUCUUUGCCGAAGGAGAGUUCAUGAAGAGUCCCGUCUCGUCAUAA